ACUCCAAAACCCAAAUUCCCUAUUUCCUUUUUUUUUGAAAAAGAAAAAAGCUUUACCACUAUUCUCUUUCAACUUUAAUUUUGGAUUUCAAUUUAUAGAGUUGGAAAUGGCAGUUACUAGGACAAGUGCAAAUAUGAUUACCAAACUUCUCCACCAUCCUCUACUAUCUUCCAUUUCCUUCUCAUCUUCUGCUCGUCCUCUUCUUCCUUCCCCCUGGAACGCCACCGUCCGACUUACACCCAAUCGUGGAAUCAGUUUCACCCGUAUCCGUUGCGCCGAUUCCGACGCCGACAGAAAAGUCUCCGCUCGCCUUUCUCAAUUCCAACAGCUCCUUCAGGAAGCGGAAGAACGAGCCAGUGCCGACGGCAAUGAACCCACUCCUCAAAUCACUCUGGAUCAUGUUUCCGUGAGUUUUGCAAGGAGUGGUGGCCCUGGAGGUCAAAAUGUAAACAAGGUUAACACCAAGGUGGACAUGCGGUUCAAUGUAAAACAAGCAUAUUGGCUAAGUGAUAGGAUCAGAGAACGGAUUAUGCAACUGGAAAAAAACAGGAUAAACAAGGAUGGAGAAAUUGUGGUAUCGUCAACAAAAACUAGGACACAGAAGGGAAACAUUGAUGAUGCUCUGGCAAAACUACAGGCAAUCAUUGAUGCUGCAGCCUAUGUGCCACCACCCCCAUCAGAAGAGCAAAAGAAGAAAAUCGCAAAGAUAGCUGCAAUCGGGGAGCAAAAACGCCUCAAAAGCAAGAAAGUCCUUUCCGACAAGAAAGCGUUUAGAAGAAGUCGGGACAGUUGGGACUAAAUCAUGGAAUCAUGACUGGUAAUGUUUAUAAAGAGUUGGAAGAUGAUCAAAUCUCAGUGGAGAAACAGAGAUUCAUGGUUGGGGAAAAGAACUACUACGUCUUGUCAGUGUAAUACUAUAGGUUGUUGAGGCUCAUCAUUUGUGUAAGAUAUUACACACUUGACUUCAUGUUUAUGUUUGUCAUAGCUAAUGAUAUUUCGAAGAUUUACUGUUA